UUUGGGCAGCGUGCUCUGUGGUCAAAGGCACAAUGUGCAGAGAAGUUUUAAAAGCUCCAAACCGCUGCCACAAACAAAGCUCUUCCUGCAUCUCUCCAGUUUGUGAUGCAGAGACCCAGAGUUUUGUGUUUCACUUCACGGAUCAUGGAAGCUGGAGUUCUGUAUUUUAUCUUCUUCCAGCCAGCAGGCUCUGAGCCCGACUGUGAGCCUGGUGAGAGGUGCAUCAAGCAGAACGAUGAAAACUUUAGCAGCUGGUAUGUGUGGUUCCUGACACUGUUUCUUCUGGCCCUGCUCCUGUCCUGCGGGAUCUGCUGCUGCCUGCAGUGCUGGCUGAAGUGGAAGAGCAGCCUCCAACCACGCACUCUGGCCGUCUUUGCACUCAGCAGCUCAGAUGCUUUCUGUGCGAGUGAAGCCCCUCAGUGCCCAUUUGCCAGAUCUCCAAGCACCUGCGUGAACGUGGAGAGGUCCUCUCCUGCCCUGCAGCUCAGCCCUGGGGGAACUGAGUUGCCUCCAUCUUAUGAGGACAUAAUGAAGGAAAAUAAACACUAGAAACCAUUUGUUGUCUUUCUGCAGUUUGUAGAAUCAUGGAAUCAUAGAAUAUCCCAAGUAAGAAGGAACCCAUGGGGAUCAUAGCGCCCAACUUCUUGUUCCACCUGGUUCAUCAGAGAACUUCCAUCGUGUUACAGUAGUGAGAGAAAAUCAGCCAAGAUCCUAAAAAGCAGCACAUAUUUCACAUGAGCCUGAGAAGGGAGACCAAACGCAACAC